CUACAACUCCCAGCAGGCAGCGCGGCGGGCUUCCCGUCACGUGACAGUAAAACACGUGGCUAAACCCGGAAGCGCGCUGCCCGGCGGGACUCCCGGUGGUGCUGAACGGCGAAGGCGCAGCCAUGGUGUCCGGCAAGCAGCUGGCUGACUUCGGUUACAAAGCUUUCUCCAGUUCCAUGAUGCUGCUGACGCUGUACGGGGGUUACCUCUGCGGUGUCCGCGCUUACCGGAUCCUCCAGCGCCGCCGGGAACGCCAGGCCCAGGCCGGGACCGAGAGCUGAGGAAGGGGACUGAGAUUUGGGAUCGCUUUUUCCAGGCUUGAAAGGGUGGAGGGCUGAGAAACGACCCUGCCAAACCCCCCCCCCCUCCCCUUCCCGGUGUCCGGGAUGG